UCAAAACGAAACGGCAAGGAGAAGGUUUUUUAACUGAUUUGUUCUCUGUUUCUACACGGGUUUGAAGACUCAUUUAACAUUUUGAUGAUACAAAUGAAAGUAUUUCAUUUUAAAGAUACUUGCUGUCAACUGAUACAAACACAUUAUGAAGACCAAAUGAAAAAAAACACCCUGAUCUGUAAGCAGGAAUACUGACCGACUGACCAUGUCUACUGUGACAAAAAUCCUGUGGUCACCCACUCAAAAUGACCUGUUUCUCACUUAUGGGUCAAUGGUCAAUCUAUACAAGGUCACUCGGUGCAGUGAAAGCGAUGCUUUCAAAGGGAAACCAGCAACAAGACUGUCGGACCAUACCUACGGCAUCCACGUGGCUGUUAAUUCUGGAAUACAAUAUUUAAAGACUAUUGCCUGGUACCCUGGCAGAGAUGAGCAGGAUAAUCUAAUAGCUGUCGGACAGCAAAAUGGCAAAAUCGUUCUGUCCAGUUUUGGACAACCAGGUUGCAGUGAUCUUGUUGGAAAAGAAUUCAGUCCCAAACACAGCAGAUCAUGUGCAUACUUGGCAUGGAAUCCCGUGGAAACCAAUUUGAUAGCGGAGGGUCUAGAGAAGUACAGGAGUGACCCCUGUAUCCUGAUCUGGGAUAUCCAUGCCAAGCCGGGCAGUGAGAUCACUUCUAGUCUGGAGCGACAACGUUACAGCUCCUCCAUUAGUGAAUCCAGCGUCAUCACCAAGCCUAUCACAGAACUGGGUCCGGGUGAUACUACAGGGUCCCUCGCCUGGUUCCAAAAGGACUCCAAGACAUUUGCAGCAGGGUUGGGCUCCAAGUACAUCAAGAUCUUUGAUUUAAGAGAGACAAGCAGACAGCACCUGACUACGAACACCAAGAGUGUUUAUGGUAUAUGUAUGGACCCCAAGAACGAUUAUAGACUAGCCUCCUACCAUGAGAAUCAGGUUUCUGUGUGGGACAUCAGGAAUUUUGAUAAACCUAUAAUGACAUUUCCAGAAGCAAAGCCAGUAGUCCAGAUUGGUUGGUGUCCAACCAGAAUGGGAUUCUUAGCUGUGCUGACCAAGGAGACAUCUGCUGUAAAGUUGUAUGAUAUUCGUCACAUACCUAUGGGUACUGACGAGUUGGACCCUGCUAUAAUAGAGAGAAAUAUCUCAUGUUUUUCCAACCAUUGCACAGCCUUUUCUUGGCACCCGAGAGAUGAGAACCGCAUGUUGACUGUGUCACAGACUGGGGCAGUUAAAGACAUUACUGUACACGAGAGAAUUCCUGUGAUGUGGUCGUCCCAGUUUCACCUGUCCUGGGCCUGUGGUAAAAGAAUGAUAGAUGUUGUAACCUCAGAGAAAAGUCCGACCAUUGACAUAUCACAGAGGAUCCGACAGCGAGUCACCAAGGGAUAUGGCACACAGACAAUUAAUGUGGAGCACAACGCCCAUGUAGUGAAUGAAGAGCCGUACUUAAGGGGGAUGUGGCGAUGGCUGUCCUUAACCAGACAGUUGGUAGAAGAGUGCAGAACAGCACAAACCAAGAUCAAUAUAUCCCGAUGUACGGGGAUCAAAGGUCUCCUACGACAGGACGGCGACAUCGGUAAUGGCGCUCAGUACUGUCACUGGCAGGAAGUGGACGGCAACAUACUAAAUCACUUGAGGAAGAUGAAGAUUUACACCAGUGAGGAAAGGACGAGAGUGUUACACCUGUGUGGGUGGAGAAGUAAGGAGAAGGUGGACAUGUUCUUAGAGGAGCUUGAGACACAGACAGAAUACACUAAGGCCGCGGCUGUAGCUCUGUUUAACCUGAGAAUGGGCAAGUCUAUACAGAUCCUGAGUAAGACUGCUACAAAACAAGGUUAUGAAAACCUGAGUGCAGUUGCCAUGGCGAUAGCCGGGUACCAAGAGGAGCAGCAGACAAUGUGGCGCCGUACAUGUGGGUCUCUGAUCCAAACAGUCCACGACCCCUACCUCCGUGCAAUGUUCUGUUUCCUCUCCAGUGAUAAGGAGAACUAUGAUGAAAUUCUGGGUGACCACAACUGUAUGCCGGUGGCUGACAGAAUAGCUUUUGCCUGUAUAUACCUCUCUGACCAAAAGUUAAAGGAGUACGUGGACAACUUGAGCAGUAUGAUGAAGGACGAGGGAUGUUUGGACGGCUUACUUCUCACUGGGCUGACAUUGGAGGGCGUGGAACUAUUACAGAAUUAUGUGGAUAGGACCGGCGAUGUCCAGACUGCUGCCCUCGCUGCCGUCUUCACAUUUCCUUGUGAGAUGUCACACAACGAAAAGGUCAUCACCUGGAUAGAAAGCUAUAGGGAACUUCUAGACCGGUGGAAACUCUGGCAUCAAAGAGCAGAAUUUGACAUCAUACGUCACUCCAGUGAUAGUCACAGCUCAAUGCGACACAAUCGGCCCCAGGCGUAUGUUAGCUGUAACUUCUGUGGGAAGUCCAUAGCCUGUAACACGCAGGCUCCUUUCCGUCUCAUGUCACGCUCCAUGAUGUCCAUGUCUGCCAACAAACCAAAGAUAAGCUGUUGUCCAGGCUGUAGGAAGCCUCUCCCAAGGUGUGCAGUGUGUUUGACUAACUUAGGGACUCCCUCAGGAUCCACACUGUGUCAACAGAUAGAACAUAAAGAUUUGGAGAACAAGUUGACCCCAUUAGACGACUGGUUUACCUGGUGUCAAACUUGUCGCCAUGGCGGCCAUGCCUCACACAUCACCUCUUGGUUCAAGGAUCACCCACAAUGCCCUGUAACAGGAUGUGACUGUAAAUGUGCAACUUUAGAUCCUAUAGGACGACUGAAAGCUACUUCACCACUAGUGCCUGCUGGGAAGGCUUGA